AUGCGACGAAGAGCGUUGCUCGACGAGCUGCGAACACUCGAAAUAGUGGGACAAUCGUUGCCAGUCUGCGAGGAGAGUGGACUCGCGUGGAAGCGCCGGUUAGUCCGAGCCGAUUCCGGUUGAACCUCGCCCCUUUUUCAGACAAUGUCUCGCCGGAACCGACGUUUGCUGGUGUGUGACAAGUCACGGACGGAGGCUGUCGGGAAAAGAGGUCAAGGAUGAGAAAGGAUGUGAAACGGUGAGAAGGAAGCAGGAGAACUUGGCGCUGAAGGCCGCUGCGUUGCUCCGAGAGCAGCAGGAGAAGAAGCAUGUAAGUUUCAUAAAACUGAUCGAGAUAGGGGACAAGAAAGAUGUAAAUACAAUCCCGCCCGCCAACUUCUUUCAGACAUGUGCCACCAUCUCAUCGGGAGAAUGUCCCGUCGCCACCAAUACCUCGAUAACUCAUCUAACCUCGUGCAAAUGCGAUUCCGAAUGUGCCAAAGGAGCGAAAUGCUGUCCUAGCUCACUUACUAACCCCUUGUACUAUGCUUGUUUGCCAGCUUUAACCCGGCUUCGAAACCAGUCCAUUUCAAAAAAUGAUAGUUAGUUUUUCUCGAAUUCUGAUCGCAGAAAGAACACUUGCAGUAACUCCAACAAUCUCAAUGAUUUGUGGGGCGAAUGAGCAGUACUCGGCUUGUUUCUCCUCCUGCCAACCUUCGUGCCAGGACCCAACGACUCCGGCGUGUCCACCUCCCACGUGUCAGCCUGGGUGUAUAUGUAUGCCAGGUACGCUGUUUGUCGCUAAAUGCCCGCGCCAGUCUUCUUGAUUUCCAGGCUACAUCCGUCGGGAUAGUUCUCCUCGUUCGGCAUGCGUACCGCGUGCUCUGUGUCAGGCAUACGACCUGACGAUUCGGUGCGCCGACGAAAGGCGACAAUAUCAAACGUGCGGCAGCGCGUGUCCGAUCAGUUGUGAGACGCGGAAUCAGCCGAGAUGUGCGGAGAGAUGUGUCACUGGGUGCUUUUGCAAAGUUCCGUUUAUACUGGAGAAUACCGACGAUCCACUGCAUUCCCGGUGCGUUUUUCAAAUUUUGUGAAAUGUUUCUAACAAGUUUCAGAUGCAUCCUUGCUUCUCAAUGCCCCGAAAUUCCCACUCCCGCCCCAGAAAUUGUCGAACAAUUUGUGCAGCGCAACCCUCAGAUGCUCAACUCGUUUGGUAACCUCAAUCUACAGUAUCCCACUACGCCGAGGACAACUCAGGCGCCGCCCACCACCUCAACUUCUCAAUAUCCUCAACGACCCACGUUGAUACCAAGCGUUUCCAGCUCAGAGCAACGCUGUGAGCAUCCUCUGAAGAAUUAUCUGAGCUGUGGAAGCAAGUGCCCCGCGUCGUGCGACCGUCCGCUCUCUCAGGCGGCCUCGUUGGAGUGUGCUCUCUCCUGUGAGCCAGGAUGCUUUUGUCGGCUCCCGUACGUGCUGGCGGACUCUACGGACCCAAACUCGACGUGCAUUCUUCCACAGCUCUGCCCCAGAAAAUCGGUUCCGCCGUCGACAGCGUCUGAAGCAGCAGAGCAGUCGUGUCAAGAUCCACGAAAAGAAUGGAGUCAAUGCGGAGCUCUCAGCUGCUCCAGAUCCUGCGCGAACCCUCUCGGUCGUUGCGGCGUCGAUCAAUGCUUCUCAGGAUGCGUCUGUCGAGAGCCCUACGUGCUGCUCCAUCCAAACGAUCCGACUUCACGAUGUGUGCUGCCGGCGGAAUGCGAUAGAGGAUGUGAGGAUCCGACAAAAGAGUUUAUCACGUGUGGAAGCUCUUGUCCGAUGGGAUGUGAUAACCAGCAUCCGAAGAAUUGCGCGCCGUGUCAGACUGGAUGUUUCUGCAAGAAUGGAUUGGUUUUCAAGAGCUCGGCAACUUGGCACACGUCAAAGUGUGUUAGGAUUGAGGAGUGUCCGAUGGAAGAAGACAAAACUGACGAAGCAGAAGAUGUCACGACUUCAACAACUGGUAAGUGGUCUCCAGAAUUUGGCUAGAAGUAUGUAACUAUACAAUAACUUCCAGAACUCCCACCAGCACCAACCCUAACCACAACAACAACAACAGUGACGACGGUCAUCGCCCAGCUUCAUGAAACUCAAAACAGACCGUCAACCCUAACAGGAAACCUUGAUCUUCUAGCUGUGAAACCGCCAAUCGCUCAAUCCGAAUGUCCGUCCACAACGUUCGACGUUGGUGGUCGUGGCUGUAACACCGACAUGGACUGUCCGAUCGAGCAGAGAUGUUGUCGACCAAUGAUCGUUUCGCUCGGAGUCAACCCGCAGAGAUGCGUGUGCCCGGACAAGCACGCCGUCUGGUCUUCUUGCGGAACACUGUGUCCCGAAUACUGUGGGCAGCCAUCUGUGCCGGUGUGCUCUGGCACGUGUUCAGCUGGGUGUCAUUGUGCGCCUGGGUUUGUUAAGGUACGUUGGUGCAAAAGGUAGCCAAGUUUUGCCUAGUGUAGAGAAGGUAACCAGGUGAUUAGAAUUUAUAUAGUUUUUAGAAACGAAUAGAUAUACACGGUUUCCAGAGAUGGCAAAGAGCGCAAGUGCGCCCCGCCCAAUAGAGCGAUACAUUGGCGCGAAAUUCAAAUUUUAACAGCAAAAUUUGUGUUUUUUGCCAGAUUAGCGACGAAAAACCGAUAAUUUCUCAUUUGUCUCUCGAUAGACCGAUUGUAUAGGCUAUUACGAAUUUUUUAGGCGCAAGAGCGUCAAAUUUGGUCAAGUCGCAAAUCACAUUUAUCCGUUUGAAGGUUUUUGGCUAAAACUGCGUGAAUUUCAGUUGCUUUUCGGUAGUUUUCGCGGUUCGAGCGCUCAAAAUGCUUGUAUUUACGUGAUUUAUCAUUCUGAUAACCAAUUCUGUCUCAAACGGCCAAGAAAGCGCAAAAUGAGAAGUGCGGUUUUUAGGCGGCGAUCGGCGGCGAAGGCGAAAAAGCAAAGUCCGCGAAAAAUGCGCCAAAGCGUCAUUUAUUCUGUGGGAAUUAGUGUGUUUUCAUGUCGAACAAUCAUUUUUCAUCGCCGUUGACCACAAAAAUCAGAGAAAACGUGCUCAAUUCGUGAAAACGCCAUUUUGCCGAGGCCACGCCCAUAUUGUCAGCUCUGGAGACCGUGAUAGAGCAAGCUAUUGCCGACUGUGUUAUUCGUCCAUCUGUAGAUCUUACUGUGACUGUCCGCGUGAUGUUAAAUAUCACAAGUCUACGUUGGUUUCAGGCCCGUAACGAUGUCACCGCGCCCUGUGUACCUCGGGAAAGUUGUUCAUCCACGUUGGGAUCUCUCUCAACUUCCACCACAGACAGAAUGAGAAUACCGCCAGUUGUUGCGAGUAUGGACGACCCUGGAUCUUUCACAAGAUUCGCGACAAUUCGAGAGAUCACGCCACAAGAUCCUGUUAUGGAUGACGAUGUGGUGAGGGGAUUUCGAAACCUGUCAUACUGUGAAAUCGUUCCUUGCAGAUCGCCGUCGCCAUCCUAAUCACCAGAGAAGGGUCUCACAUCGGUCGCUUCACGUUUUCGCAACUCACGACCACCGCUCUUCGCAUCCACGGAGAAGUGUACACUCUGCCUGCGGGACGUCACGCCGUCGUCCUCCACCAAUUUGGGGAUUCGUCGGAGGGAUGCUCUCGUGUCGGCGCUCCGUUCUCCAAAUCGUUGAGCCCUUCUCUCGGAGACAUUACCGAAUCGGGCAAAUUCGAUCGGAUCGUGGAUUGGCCAGUGGCGGAUGUUGUUGGCAGAGCUGUUGUUAUCUACUCGUGAGUGGUGGUCCAACAUGCUCCCUCUUUUCAAACAUCUCUUUCUUUCCAGAUUCUCCACAGCCGACUGGGGAAUGAGAACGCACUUUGGCGAACGGCCUCUUGCUUGCGGAACGAUCGGAAUCGCCAGAGUUCGCAUUUAA